CCUGUUGCAGCUGGAGAGGGCAGAGCGCGCUCACUCUUGUGAGGGAAGCGGAGAGAGAGAGAAAAAAAGACCGGCACAGCCUGGUUGCUCCGUUCAGCUGGAUUAUUGUUAUUGUUAUUAUUAUUAUUUUUUAAAAAAGCCACGCAAGCUGAAGCAGCUCCCACAUCACCGUCUUUUAGCCACCAUCGACGGAAGCGGUGUGGCUGUUUUGCGGCUCGGUGGCUCUCCCUCCUCUCCCUCGUCCUUCCACAAAGUGACCAUGGCUGCAGGACUCUGGAGAGCUGGGACUCCUCGCGUGGUCUCGGUGGUGCUGCUGGUGCUGGUGGUGGUGGUUCUUCUUCCUCCUCAGGUUCCUGCCCACAGAGCGACGGGCCCCCGCUUUCUAAUAAGUGACCGUGACAGAGACCCACAGUGUAACCUUCAUUGCUCCAGAUCCCCAACCAAGCCCCUCUGUGCCUCUGAUGGCAGGACGUAUGAAUCGACGUGCGACUACCAAAGAGCAAAGUGCAGGGAGGGAAGCCUGAGUGUGGCUCAUCGGGGCAGGUGCAAAGAUGCUGGCCAAAGCAAGUGCAGAUUAGAAAGAGCUCAAGCACUAGAUCAAGCAAAGAAGCCUCAAGAAGCAGUCUUUAUUCCAGAGUGCAGUGAGGACGGAUCAUUCACCCAGGUGCAGUGCCAUACCUACACUGGAUAUUGCUGGUGUGUCACUCCAGAUGGCAAACCCAUCAGUGGUUCUUCUGUACAGAACAAAACUCCUGUAUGUUCAGGUUCAGUAACUGACAGACCAUCAGGACAGGGUAAUUCUGGGAGAAAAGUUUCUUUUCGAUUCUUUUUAACUCUCAAUUCAGAUGAUGGUUCAAAACCAACACCCACCAUGGAGACCCAACCAGUUUUUGAUGGAGAAGAAAUCACAGCUCCCACGCUUUGGAUUAAGCAUUUGGUCAUCAAAGAUUCCAAACUGAACAGCUCUAGUAUGAAAAAUUCAGAGAAAGUUAAUUCCUGUGACCAAGAGAGGCAAAGUGCUCUUGAAGAAGCCAGGCAGAACCCCAGGGAAGGGAUUGUCAUCCCUGAAUGUGCUCCUGGAGGGCUAUAUAAGCCAGUACAGUGUCAUCAGUCUACUGGAUAUUGCUGGUGUGUUCUGGUAGACACAGGUCGUCCCUUACCUGGUACUUCCACUCGAUAUGAGACCCCAGUCUGUGAAAGCGAUGCCAGAUCAAAGAGCCCAGAGAUUGAGGAUCCAUUUAAAGAUCGAGAACUUCCAGGAUGCCCAGAAGGAAAAAAAGUGGAAUUUAUUACUAGUUUAUUGGAUGCUCUUACCACAGACAUGGUACAGGCCAUUAAUUCAGCAGCACCUGCUGGAGGUGGGAGGUUUUCUGAGCCAGAUCCCAGCCACACACUGGAGGAGAGGGUGGUCCAUUGGUACUUCAGUCAGCUGGACAACAAUAACAGCAAUGACAUCAACAAAAGAGAGAUGAAGCCCUUCAAGCGCUAUGUGAAGAAGAAAGCCAAACCCAAGAAAUGUACCCGGCGCUUCACUGACUACUGUGAUCUCAACAAGGACAAGUCUAUCUCGCUACAAGAACUGAAGGGCUGUUUGGGUGUUGGGAAGGAAGGAGGCAGCAGUGGCAGUUCCCCUCAUGGGAAAAGACAAGGUGCCAAUCCUUUCAUUGGCCGUCUUGUCUAAGAGCUGAUGGGAACACUUGAGAUGGAUAGAAGGCAAAAAAGACAGUCAGGAGACAUUGCCAUCUGAAAACACUUCUGUGGAACUGGGAGCAUCCAACAUAACAGGAGUGGCAGCCACAACACUUGCACUUUUUAAUUAAAAAUAAUUGAAGCGGGGUGGAAAUUGGCCUACUUUUAAUGCCAUUAUCUAGUAUCCUGGAAAAGUAAAAGAAGAUCGUUACAUCUUGGAGAAAGGAACUGAACAGCUACUGAUCUUUUAAAUCUGGGGGAAUGCUUGGACUUGAAGAAAGAUGUUUAAUAUACUGUAUAUGAAUGUAAAGUGUACAGUGGUCAUGUACUGGCCUUAGUGUAACUAUUUUAAACCCUGUGUAGGACUUUGUCUAAGAUGGUUCCCAGUGGACUCUGGAAUCCAGAAAUACAUUGAUUUCUGAAAACAUUCUGUAAUCUAACCUUAAAACGAUUUUAUUUUCUGACAGCCAGCAUCAUGACUCAAAUUAAAGAAGCUGGUUGCACUCACAUACUAGCUUGAUUACACAUGAACUCAUGUGUUACGCAUAUGCAAUUACAGCAACAUAUGUAUGUAUGCACAAACAUAAGGAGAGCAGACAAAAUCUUUGCUAGACUGUCAUCCAAAACACAUCUGCAAGUGUGCUGGAAUUAGUCCCACACUAGCACCAGUGUAGGAUCAGCUGUAAGAUCGAAUCCACGUGACGGAGUGAGCGUCUGUCACUUGUCCCAGGU